AUGUUUAGGGAAUCGCCUCUUUCGUUUUGCAGAAGCGGAAGCUACAGUGCCGCUCGUGAUCGUGACAACGGAGGAGGAUCCACGUGGCGCCCGCGCGAACGCGACUAUCAGCAAUCGCAUAAUAAUCAAGAAAGCUGGAGAAAUGGAAGAGGUGAGCAUUUGAAAAUGCUGAAAAUUGUCCUUUCUUCUCGAAAAAAAAACGUGGAUUUUUCAAUUUUUCAGCCGGAAACUACUCGACUCCGCAGCCGUUGCUUCCCCAUCAGCACUUUGUGAAUCACAUGCAGCAGUACUCGGCACCGCCCAACUACCGUAACCACAAUCAAUAUCAGCAGCGCCCGCCGCCACCGCCGCCCGCCCACUAUCAGCAGACUCCGCACCGCCGCCAACACGAUCGGCACGGGAACGAUCGACAGCAGAACGGAAACGGAAGGGACGAUUGGCACGGCGGACACAGAGGCCGACGAUAUUAA